CACAUUGUCUAACGAAGUGAUGGUGAUGAAUAUGCAUAUCCGUUUCCCGGUGGGUAACCAACUACAGGCCACACGUCAUUCAAACCGAAAAUAAGGUCCGCUGAUGGCGUGAUGUGUGACAUCCUGAACAAACUCAUGUUGCAAGUAUGCACACAGCAAAACCAAACACCAACAGCAGCAUGUUCGUACUUCCAUCAUACUAUGGAAGUGACACGGACAACCCAAUAAAUUGUACGUGAACAUUGGCUCUCUGUCCUUUUUGCGUGUGUACUGAUGUUAAAUUAGGAUAAAAGUAGGCAGGAAGAGAGCGUGUCAAAGUAGUGUUUCUAAGUUCCUUAACUAUUUCAAGUUACUUCCGUAUAUAACUCUACUAAGUGCCCUGCAGGAAAAGAAACCUUAAAACUACCCUCUACAGUUUAUCAUCUAACAAAAUAUGUGACCUACACAGAGGAUCCAGAAGAACAAAUCGUUUGCACAAUUCUGAGCUUAAUUCUACGUCGCCUGUAAUUACAUAUAACUGUGUAAUCAUAGGAUUAAGAACUUUCUCUCUUAAGAACUUUAUCCAAACCUUCAUCUCUCAGAGGAUGUUUUUGUUUACUUUGCAUAUUUCUUGCUACAUAGACACGAGAUGAAAAUGUGGCAGUUAUGUCGAGACCUCGGAUAAAGUCACGUGUAGCAAGUUCCUCUGGCCUUCCAGCUCGAAGCGACACGAGGCAGCUCUCAGGUAUACUAAUCUCCCUUAAAUAUAUAAACAUACAGUGGAGAGACCAUGAAGACUGAAGGGCCAGUAAGUGUAUUCCAUAACACUUGAAGAUGCUGACAUAGUACAAUAUUGUCAAGUGAAGAACUGCACAGCAUGACAGCAUAUCAUCGUGUUCUAGUGCGUUCUACUCUCCAUCAGUGAUGGCUACAUUGAUUCCUCUAGAGACUUCUCUGCGGGGAAACCAUACCGAAUUGCUCGUCUCCGCAUCACACGACACUGGAUAUGGAGGCAUAGCUGCUAGUCAUACUCAGACCAUGCAUCGUUACAUUGACAAUAUGACGUCACGCGUCUCCCCGCGUCUCUACUCGGAACCUCUAGCUGUCGCUACUGCCGUUCUUUUGGUAUUCAUUCUGUCGCCCAUGAUACUUUGCGGCAACUCCCUUAUUCUUACGGCGGUAUAUAGGUUUAAAAGACUAAGGACUCCUAGCAACUACCUGCUAGCCUCUCUUGCCUCUUCCGAUCUGGGUGUAGGGUUGUUCUUGCCUGUGGGUAUGUACCUGGAACUUACGUCCUCGAACAGUGACAAUGUUCGAGAGACUAUCAACGUGGGACUAUGUCUCGUACCGUAUUGUUUGGCCAUUUCCCUGUGUAGUGCGUCCGUGCUUGUGAUGGCAGCCAUAGCUGUGGACAGAUUCACGUCUUUAGCGCAACCUCUGAGGUACAACAAUCUCAUAACACACACGUCUGUGGAGAGAUACAUAGUCGCGUUCUGGUUGUAUGCGCUUCUAGUCGGAUUUUCGCCUUUAGUUUACAGCCAGUGCAUCGCAGCGAGUGCUUCCUUACACGUGCGGAACUGUUCCUUUGGCUCCGUCGUAUCCACCCCUGUUCAGCUGUUUCUCUUCUGUUCCGUGUAUGGCCCCAGUGCCCUCAUACUACUGGUGUGUUACUGUUACAUCUAUGUGGUGGCCAGAUACCACGCCAGGGCCAUCUACUCGGUCGAGCUCUCCCUCAGGCAGCACCAGGACGGCGCUCACUCUCGCUAUGGACAGACGCUGGCAAUCACGGUGGGCCUCUUUCUCUGCCUGUGGCUGCCUUUCCAGAUGUGCAUGCUACUGGACAUAUUUCGUGGGACACGGAUCCUGAGUGAAUGGACGUCCAUUUAUCUCGCUCUUCCAAUCUUCGCAAGCAGCGCAGUAAAUCCGUGGGUAUAUGGCUACAGGAACUCCGAGGUCCGAACAUCUGUUCAAAGGGUAAUGGAGGAACUUCUAGGCAGAUUAGGUUAUGUUCCCUCACAUUAUGCUUGCCAGGAUCUUCUCGCAGCCACAAAUGCGGAUCAGGCAGAACUGAACAGUUUUGCGUCCCAUGUCCGUUUGUGUGCUGUCUCCCCUAAUCGAACUACGUUGCUCCUCAUCCCCACCACACGGCAGGACACGGCAGAGGGGAGUACGGGGGUGACAACGGUGAAAGAAACAGUUGUGCAUUUGGAACUUCCGCCAGAGAUCCAGGGAAAUGAAGAGAAAGCUGGAAUGUAACGUGCGACUCCAUUAAGAAGUACAAACCACUGAUAAGUGAAGGAAUGUUAGGAAUGUAUGAAAGUGAAAAGAACGUUCAUAUUUUUGUUUACGUAUGCUACACUGAGAGAUUUAAAGAAUGGAAUUAUAUGUGAAUUACAAACGCACAUAUUAACUGACCUUAACUUUGGCUCCAACUACAGAUCUCUUUCAGUCGUUCUGCUGCUAUAAUAUUUAUUGCAAAAGGGAGAAAUCAAGUAAAAUGUAACGUAAAACUGUUAAGAAACUGAAUUCAAACUGCCACUUAACAAGAGAAUCUACAACUCUUGUACUCUUCUGCUGUUUUAUUUUAUUUUUGUCAUA